GGCGCUGUGACGGCGCGGGGGCGGGGCGGCGGUGGUGACGUAGCCUCGCUCAGCUGCUGCCCGCACAAUGGCCGGCCGGGCGGGGCGGCGGCCGGGCCUGGGACCCUGCGGCGCGGGGAGCCACUAGCGUCAGUGGCAGUUGGGCCCGCAGCCUCGCUGACCGAGGGUCACCAUGGCGAAGCGGGAGGCCAACGCCAGCCCCGUGGUGCGGCAGAUCGACAAGCAGUUCCUGGUCUGCAGCAUCUGCCUGGACCGGUACCGCAACCCCAAGGUGCUGCCCUGCCUGCACACCUUCUGUGAGCGGUGUCUCCAGAACUAUAUCCCGCCCCAGAGCCUCACCCUGUCUUGCCCCGUGUGCCGCCAGACCUCCAUCCUGCCGGAGCAGGGCGUGGCCGCACUCCAGAGCAACUUCUUCAUCACCAACCUCAUGGAGGUGCUGCAGCGCACCCCCGAGGGCAGCAGCCGCCCGGACGCCACCACGCUGGACCCCGUCAGUGCCAUCACCGGCCAGCCGCUGUCCUGCCCCAACCACGAGGGCAAGGUGAUGGAGUUCUACUGCGAGUCGUGCGAGACGGCCAUGUGCCGCGAGUGCACGGAGGGCGAGCACCGGGAGCACGUCACCGUGCCCCUGCGCAACGUGGUGGAGCAGCACAAGGCCUCGCUGCAGGAGCAGCUCGACGCCAUCAAGAGCCGGCUGCCCCAGCUGACGGCUGCCAUCGGGCUGGUGACCGAGAUCAGCAAGCAGCUCGUCGAGCGGAAGAACGCCGCCGUGGGCGAGAUCAGCGGCUCCUUCGCGGAGCUGGAGCAGGCCCUGCAGCAGCGCAAGGGGCUGCUCGUGCGUGACCUGGAGGCCACCUGCAGCGCCAAGCAGAAGGUGCUGCAGGCCCAGCUGGACGCCCUGCGGCAGGGCCAGGAGAAUAUCCUGAGCAGCUGCGCCUUCACGGAGCAAGCGCUGCACCAUGGCACGGAGACCGAGGUGCUGCUGGUGAAGAAGCAGAUGAGUGAGCGGCUCAGCGCCCUGGCCAGCCAGGAGUUCCCCGAGCAGCCACAGGAGAACGACCAGCUGGACUACGUGGUGGAGACGGACGGCGUCCGCAAGUCCAUCCUCAACCUGGGCGUGCUCAUCACCACCAGCGCCAUUGCCCACAAGACGGUGGCCACGGGCGAGGGGCUGCGGCACGCAGUGGUGGGGCAGGCCUCCUCCCUCACCAUCACCACCAAGGACAGGGCCGGAGCGCUGGUACGCAGCGGCAGCGCCAGCCUGCAGGCCCAGGUGACGGCGCCCGACGGCAGCCGGGCCGAAGCCGAGGUGCUGGACAACAAGAACGGCACCUACGAGCUGGUGUACACGCCGCGGCAGGAGGGCGACUUCCUGCUCUCCAUCCUGCUCUAUGGGCAGCCCAUCAAGGGCAGCCCCUUCCGCACCAAGGCCCUCAAGGCCUGCGACGUGCCCCCCUCGCCCGACGACGUCAAGCGCCGUGUCAAGUCCCCCAGCAGCGGGCACAUCCGGCAGAAGGCCGUGCGGCGCCCCUCCAGCAUGUACGGCACCGGCAAGAAGAAGGAGAAUCCCAUUGAGGACGAGCUCAUCUUCCGCGUGGGAAGCCGAGGCCGGGAGAAGGGGGAAUUCACCAACCUGCAGGGCAUCUCCACCUCCAGCUCCGGUCGCAUCGUGGUGGCCGACAGCAAUAACCAGUGUGUGCAGGUCUUCUCCAACGAGGGCCAGUUCCGGCUGCGCUUCGGCGUCCGGGGCCGUUCCCCAGGGCAGCUGCAGCGCCCCACCGGUGUCACGGUUGACAUGAAUGGGGACAUCAUCAUAGCUGACUAUGACAACCGCUGGGUCAGCAUCUUCUCCCCCGAGGGCAAGUUCAAGACGAAGAUCGGGGCUGGGCGGCUGAUGGGCCCCAAGGGUGUGGCCGUGGACCGCAAUGGCCACAUCAUCGUGGUGGACAACAAGGCCUGCUGCGUCUUCAUCUUCCAGUCCAACGGGAAGCUGGUGACCAAGUUCGGCAGCCGCGGCACGGCGGAGCGGCAGUUUGCAGGUACCCUCGAUGGUAAUACCGCGACCGGCAGGUCCUUAUUACUGCAUGCCUUUGGCUUCCUGCUGGGCCAGCCUGGGCCCCACUUCGUCGCUGUUAACAACAAGAACGAGAUCGUAGUGACCGACUUCCACAACCACUCGGUGAAGGUGUACAGCGCCGAUGGUGAGUUCCUCUUCAAGUUUGGCUCACACGGGGAGGGGAACGGGCAGUUCAACGCUCCCACCGGCGUGGCCGUGGAUUCCAACGGCAACAUCAUCGUGGCCGACUGGGGCAACAGCCGGAUCCAGGUCUUCGACAGCUCAGGCUCCUUCCUGUCCUACAUCAACACGCUGGCCGACCCGCUGUAUGGGCCGCAGGGCCUGGCGCUCACCUCGGACGGACACGUGGUGGUGGCCGACUCGGGCAACCACUGUUUCAAGGCCUAUCGCUACCUGCAGUAGCUGAGGGGCACCGGGUGGGCCCCAGCCUGCACCUGCCCCACUGCCUGGACUAGAGACCGAGGGGCUGCUCCCCCACCUGCAGGCUUGUGCUGAGUGCCCAGCCCCACUGGGGGGCUUGCAGGAGCCCUGGGCCCCCCAAGCUGCAGUGCAAGAGCCCGGCGAGGGGGGGACCCACCCUUGAGCCUGCCGGCCUGUGCCCCACAGCAGGGAGACUGGCCCGCGGAGAGGGGCGGCCCAGCAGGUCCCCCCGGUUGCGGUGAAGGUUAGGGGCUGUCUUCCCUUCCCCCACACCUGGGCCCUUUGGUGUUUGUUGGGGGGCUGCCCCUCACCCCAGCCAUCUGGGCCAGACGGUCAAUGGGAAUACGGGAGCUGGGGCUGUUGUUCCUUCUCUCUGGGGUGCAGCAUCUCCUGCCUAUCACCGCCCCCGUACCCACCAGCAACUCCCGCCUCUGAGCCCCCCAGCAUUGCCUGCACCCCAGUGCAGUCCAGCACCCGCACCCCCCACGCCCCUGUACAACCCAGCACCGCCCACCCCCCUGUAAAAUAUAGCACCACCGCCCGCCCCCCAAUGCCCACAGCACCGCCCGCUCCCUUGUAAAACCUAGCACCACCGCCCCCCAGUGCAACCCAGCAGUGCCCGCAGCAACGCCCACCCCCCAGUGCAACCCCUCACCGCCUGCCCGCUGCCUCUGGUGCCACCCAGCAGUGCCUGCCCCCUGUGCCCACCAGCAACACCUGCCCAGCCCCCCGGUGCCCGCCAGCAAUGCCCACCCCCUGCCCUGCUGUGCCCCCUGCAAUGCCAACCUGCUGCCCCCAUGUGCCGCCAGCAAAGCCCGUUGUGCUCCCUGGCACCUCUCACCUCUCCGGUGUCUCCCAGCUGUGCACCCCACCAGCAACCCCCAGCUGCCUUCCCACUGUGGCCUCCCCCAGCCCACCCCGAUCUGCCCUCCAGUAACCCCUCCCCACGUUCCCCUCUCUCCCUCCCUGUGUCUCCCUUCUCACUAGGGUUGAUCUGCACUUUAUUUCUGUGGCUGGGUUCAGGGAUGGGGUUGCCGAGCCCAGCGCUGGGGGCAGGGAGGGGUCGUGGGACCUGCAGGCCCCAGAGCAGCGGCCUGGCGUGGGUCUGGGCAGCGGGGCGUGCCCUGGCCUCUGCCAGGCCCUGGCUGUGGGUGCGUCUCACUCUGUGUUACUCCAGGGAUGCAUGCCCUAGGCCUGCCCAUCAUGGCACUGCCAGGGCCCGGCAAGUCCCUCCCCCCCCCGCGCAGACCCCACGGGUGGGAGGGUGUCCAGCCCAGUUCCCCCUCCGUGCUGGGGGCUAGUCUCCGGGGGAGCCCCCAAUCCUGGCUGCACCCCCGUGCCUAGGGAGCCCCACAGCCAUCGCCGCUAUGAACCCCCCAGGAGCCAGAUCCUGCCCCUCCUGCCCCCAGGGUAAUGCUACCCUCACGCCCAGGAGCCACGAAUCUAAGCUUCCCCCCCCAGCUUUCAGCCCCGCAGUCCCAGGGUUACAGCCAGCACCCUCCACACAUGGGUGCAAGUGGGGGUGGGACUGCCGUAUGCUAAUGAACCAUAUGUACAAAAUAAAGUAUUCUGAAAGUA